GAACCCCGUGCAACGCUGGGACUUGGCAGCUCGCCUCCCCCUGCCCAAGGAUAUUUAAUUUGCUUCGGGAAUCGCUACUUCCAAAGGGGAACUCAGGAGGGAAGGCGCGCGCGCCUGGAGGGGCAACAGGGACCUCCGGCCGCCGCUGCCUGCCUGCGCGGGACUCCAGCCCGGGUGGCGAGACAUGCAUCUAUGCUCCUUCCCGGCCGCGGUGGUUGAGAGGAGACUUGGAUCUGGGAUCUGGGCUGCACUCCCGCCGGACGCACUGCCUCCCCCCACGGGCAUGAAACGCCCGUAAACUCCGGGUCCCGGGCUAUCUCUUUGGCGCAGCCGCUGCGUCCUGCUGCGGCCGCCCCUCCCCCGCGCGGGGGGGCGGCGUGGAUUUCGUAGUCGGGGUUUCUGCCGCCUCCAGCCCUGUUUGCAUGCGCUGGGCCGCGGCGAGGAGCCUCCGCCCCCCACCCGGUGGUUUUUCUGCGCCUCCCUCUGCUCGGCGGCGGUGGCAGCGACAGCAUGGCGAGCCCUCCGGAGACCGACGGCUUCUCGGACGUGCGCAAGGUGGGCUACCUGCGCAAACCCAAGAGCAUGCACAAGCGCUUCUUCGUGCUGCGGGCGGCCAGCGAGGCAGGGGGCCCGGCGCGCCUCGAGUAUUACGAGAACGAGAAGAAGUGGCGGCACAAGUCGAGCGCCCCCAAACGCUCCAUCCCCCUGGAGAGCUGCUUCAACAUCAACAAGCGGGCGGACUCCAAGAACAAGCACCUGGUGGCCCUCUACACUCGGGACGAGCACUUUGCCAUCGCGGCGGACAGCGAAGCAGAGCAGGACAGCUGGUACCAGGCCCUCCUGCAGCUGCACAACCGUGCCAAGGGCCACCACGACGGGGCCUCGGCCCCCGGGGUAGGAGGCGGAGGGGGCAGCUGCAGUGGCAGCUCCGGCCUUGGCGAGGCUGGGGAGGACUUGAGCUAUGGGGACGUGCCCCCAGGCCCCGCGUUCAAGGAGGUCUGGCAGGUGAUCCUGAAACCCAAGGGCCUGGGUCAGACAAAGAACCUGAUUGGCAUCUACCGCCUCUGCCUGACCAGCAAGACCAUCAGCUUUGUGAAGCUGAACUCGGAAGCAGCGGCCGUGGUUCUGCAGCUGAUGAACAUCCGGCGCUGUGGCCACUCAGAGAACUUCUUCUUCAUCGAGGUGGGCCGCUCCGCCGUGACGGGCCCCGGGGAGUUCUGGAUGCAGGUGGAUGACUCGGUGGUGGCCCAGAACAUGCACGAGACGAUCCUGGAGGCCAUGCGGGCCAUGAGCGACGAGUUCCGCCCUCGCAGCAAGAGCCAGUCCUCCUCCAACUGCUCCAACCCCAUCAGUGUCCCCCUGCGCAGGCACCACCUCAACAACCCCCCGCCCAGCCAGGUGGGGCUGACCCGCCGCUCCCGCACCGAGAGCAUCACUGCCACCUCUCCAGCUAGCAUGGUGAGCGGAAAGCAGGGCUCCUUCCGUGUCCGUGCGUCCAGCGACGGUGAAGGCACCAUGUCCCGCCCGGCUUCGGUGGACGGCAGCCCAGUGAGCCCUAGUACCAACAGGACCCACGCCCACCGGCAUCGGGGCAGCUCCCGGCUGCACCCCCCACUGAACCACAGCCGCUCCAUUCCCAUGCCUUCUUCUCGCUGCUCACCUUCGGCCACUAGCCCGGUCAGUCUGUCAUCGAGCAGCACCAGUGGCCACGGCUCCACCUCCGACUGUCUGUUUCCGCGGAGAUCUAGUGCAUCUGUGUCCGGCUCCCCCAGUGAUGGCGGUUUCAUCUCUUCCGAUGAGUAUGGCUCCAGUCCCUGUGAUUUCCGAAGUUCCUUCCGCAGUGUCACCCCGGAUUCCCUGGGCCACACCCCACCGGCCCGCGGAGAGGAGGAGCUGAGCAACUACAUCUGCAUGGGAGGCAAGGGGGCCUCCACCCUCGCCGCCCCCAAUGGCCACUACAUUUUGCCUCGGGGUGGCAAUGGUCACCGCUACCUCCCAGCAGCUGGCUUGGGCACCAGCCCGGCCUUGGCUGCGGAUGAAACGGCCAGUGCUGCAGAUUUGGAUAAUCGGUUCCGAAAGCGGACUCACUCUGCUGGCACAUCCCCCACCAUCUCCCACCAGAAGACCCCAUCCCAGUCCUCCGUGGCUUCCAUUGAGGAAUAUACAGAGAUGAUGCCUGCCUACCCACCAGGAGGUGGCAGUGGAGGCCGACUGCCCGGCUACCGGCACUCUGCCUUCGUGCCCACCCAGUCCUACCCUGAGGAGGGUCUGGAAAUGCACCCCUUGGAGCGUCGUGGAGGCCACAGUCGCCCAGACACCUCCACCCUCCACACCGAUGAUGGAUACAUGCCCAUGUCCCCAGGGGUGGCCCCAGUGCCCGGCAGCCGAAAAGGCAGUGGGGACUACAUGCCCAUGAGCCCCAAGAGUGUGUCUGCCCCACAGCAGAUCAUCAACCCCAUCAGACGCCAUCCCCAGAGAGUGGACCCCAAUGGCUACAUGAUGAUGUCCCCAAGCGGCAGCUGCUCCCCUGACAUUGGAGGUGGGCCCAGCAGCAGCAGCAGCAGUGCCGCCCCUUCUGGGAGUACCUAUGGGAAGCUAUGGACAAAUGGGGUCGGGGGCCACCACUCUCACCUCCUGCCGCACCCCAAACUACCUGUGGAGAGCAGUGGUGGCAAGCUCUUGUCUUGUACAGGUGACUACAUGAACAUGUCGCCAGUGGGGGACUCCAAUACCAGCAGCCCCUCCGACUGCUACUAUGGCCCUGAGGACCCCCAGCACAAGCCAGUUCUCUCCUACUACUCAUUGCCAAGGUCCUUUAAGCACACCCAGCGCCCCGGGGAGCUGGAGGAGACUGCCCAGCACCAGCACCUCCGCCUUUCCUCCAGCUCUGGUCGCCUUCUCUAUGCUGCAGCAGCAGAAGAUUCCUCUUCCUCCACCAGCAGCGACAGUCUGGGCGGGGGAUACUGUGGGGCGAGGCCUGAGCCCAGCCUCCCGCAUCAUCUCCACCAUCAGGUUCUGCAGACCCAUCUGCCUCGAAAGGUGGACACAGCUGCGCAGACCAACAGCCGCCUGGCUCGGCCCACGAGGUUGUCCCUGGGGGACCCGAAGGCCAGCACCUUACCUCGGGCCCGAGAGCAGCAGCAGCCGCCAGCCCUGCUGCACCCUCCGGAGCCCAAGAGCCCAGGGGAAUAUGUGAAUAUCGAAUUUGGGAGUGAUCAGCCGGGCUACUUAUCUGGCCCCGUGGCAUCCCACAGCUCACCUUCAGUCAGGUGUCCAGCCCAGCUCCAGCCAGCUCCCAGGGAGGAAGAGACUGGCACUGAAGAGUACAUGAACAUGGACCUGGGGCCAGGCCGGAGGGCCACGUGGCAGGAGAGCCCUGGGGUCCAGCCCGCCAGAGUGGGCCCCGCACCUCCGGGGACUGCUAACGUGUGCAGGCCUACCCGGGCAGUACCUAGCGGCCGUGGUGACUACAUGACCAUGCAGAUGGGUUGUCCCCGUCAGGGCUAUGUGGACACCUCUCCAGUUGCCCCUGUCAGUUAUGCUGACAUCCGGACGGGCAUUGUGGAGGAGGCGAGCCUUCCUGGGGCCACAGCGGCUGCUCCAUCCUCAUCCUCAGCAGCCUCUGUUUCCCCCACUGCACCUCAAGGAGCAGGGGAGCUGGUGGCCUGCUCUUCCCUGCUGGGGGGACCGCAGGGACCCGCGGGCAUGAGCGCCUUCACCAGGGUGAACCUCAGUCCCAACUGUAACCAGAGUGCCAAAGUGAUCCGUGCAGACCCGCAAGGGUGCCGGAGGAGGCAUAGCUCCGAGACCUUCUGCUCCACACCCAGUGCCACCCGGGCGGGCAACACAGUGCCCUUCGGAGGGGGGGCUGCAGUAGGGGGCAGUAGUGGUAGCAGCAACAGCACUGAGGAUGUGAAACGCCACAGCUCUGCCUCCUUUGAGAACGUGUGGCUGAGGCCUGGGGAGCUGGGGGGGGCCCCCAAGGAGCCAGCUCAAGCGUGUGGGGCUGCCGGGGGUUUGGAGAAUGGUCUCAACUACAUAGAUCUGGAUUUGGUCAAGGACUGCAAACAGCGCCCUCAGGAGCGCCCCCCUCAACGGCAGCCUCCCCCACCCCAGCCCCCUCAUCAGCCUCUGGGCAGCGGGGAGAGCAGCUCCACCAGCCGUUCCAGCGAGGAUGUAAGCGCCUACGCCAGCAUCAGUUUCCAGAAGCAGCCAGAAGACCUCCAGUAGCUCAACUGGACAUCACAGCAGAAUGAAGACCUAAAUGACCUCAGCAAAUCCUCCUUCAACUCAUGGGUACCCAGACUCUGAAUAUUUCAUGAUUCACAACCAGGACCUCGCAUCUUCCUCCUUGGCAGAUGGUACGAUGCAUCCAUUUCAGUUUGUUUACUUUAUACAAUCCUCAGGAGUUCGUUGACUGAACUGCACGUUCUAUAUUGUGCCAAGCAAAAAAAAAAAAAAAAAAAAGCACUGUGACACCGGACACCGGAACAAUGGGUCUGCAUAAAUCUUCAUUUUCAGCCGUAAGGACUUGGCUGGCCACGUGAGCGGAUGUGCCCACCAUGCCACGAGAGAAUGGGUGUACUCUCAUUGCAUCUACACGACAUGUUUCAUCUGCUGCUGAAACUGUGCGACAAAGCGUCCUUGUAAAUUAUUUCAUGCAAAACGGUUCGCGUUGGGUGGAGAGAGUAUUAAAUAUUUAACAUAGGUUUUGAUUUAUAUGUGUAAUUUUUUUUAAUUAAAGUGUAACUUUUCUUACAGCGCACAUCUUUUUUUUUUUUUUGGAUGUGGACCUGAGGUAUACAAUGUUCUGUUGUAAAGAGUGGAUCAAGUGCUUAAAACAAGGCUAACAAGAGUAGAAUGGGGUACGACCCUUGUUUUAAGAUUGUAAUUCAGAAAAAUAAUAUAAGAAUCAUAGUGCCAUAGAUGGUUUUUUCAAUUGUAUAGUUAUAUUUGCUGAUACUAUCUCUUGUAAUAUAGCCCUGAUGUUGAGCUGAGAUCCUUACAAGAAUUGAUCUUAAUUUUGUAUUUUUUCCUGUAAGGCAAUAGGCCGUGUUAAUUAAACUGAAGAAGGAUAUAUUCUACUGGAUCUUUUCAAGUGUCAGCUUAAAAUUGGCCAUUGAAUGGAAGCAAAAUUACAAGAAAAGGAAAUCAAAGUCUUCCAUUGUACAUACUGUAAAGAGAAGGAGACAUGGGUGACUCCUUCAAGUCAAAAGCUCUCUGGAAUGAACAAUGUGGGUGUUUGUAAAUUCUGGAAAUUUCUUUCUAUUCAUAAUAAACUAGACUGUUGCUCUUUUCUUCUCCCUCUCCCCCCACUUCUGUAAGCUUCCUGCCCCAUUUCCACCAUUUUCUUCAGUGCACACACUAGGAUUUUUCGUUUCCUGCGCGGUCUCAAGAAAGAUGGUAAGACAAGUGAACACUUGUCUUUAAUUUCUAACCAGAAAUUAAAAUUCCAGAAAGUGCUUUUUGUCAUGACCAGGGCUACUUGUCACUUUCUUUAAGACGUAUCUCCUGUUUUCUGAGACCUUCCAGUGUUCCAUUAUUGAACUGAAUGUAAUUUGGCCCAUUUGCCCUGGUGGGUAUUAGCCUCUUAGCGAUUAGUUCACAAAACCCAGUGUACAGAGAGCCCAUCAAAGCUCAAUGACCUGCUCUUGAAACACCUAACCAGCAGUGAAAAUGUUAAUCCUUUUCUUCUUUGGAAAGUACACACAUCUUGAAAUUUUUCCUUGUGAAAAGGAAAUGGCAAUGAACGUACUUACAGAUAUUGCCUACAGAGUUUUUAACCUUUUUACCAGGAAACUUCCUAUAGGCCAAGUGAAUAAAUGCCAAUAUCAGGCUCCCUCGGAGUCUGUGUAAACUUUGUAUCAGAAAUUCCCAGCCCUGCUGUUGAGAGGAACAACAUUUUAUUUCUCUGAAGGGUAGUGCUCCCUGGGUGGGGAUGGGGCUACAAGGAGGGGGCCAUGGCUGGGGGGCACUGCAGUGGCUGCUGCCCCUCAUCACCUGGCCAGGGACCCCUGCUCUACUCAAAAGGGAGUAGAGAUAAGUGGAACCCCUCACCCUGCUGAGGCCUGUGUUACUGUUAAUUCAACCGGAUGGCAUGUACCUCACAGACUGUUGUACAAUGUUCAUUGUUGCAGAGUCUAAUCAUUUGCAUGCUCAUCAAUUUCUAAGAUGAAUAGGUCUGUAAUCAUAAGAAUCCAUUGUUUUCAAGGAACUUGCUGAAUUACAUCAUUUCCUAUCAGGAGAGAACACUACCAAUUUUAAAACUCUGAUAUGAAAGUUUCCUUUUUCUUUUCUUUUUUUUUUUUUUUACUCUUUUAUGAAAAAGACUUUGUUGGUCAAAGUUAACUUUCAUUUGUCAAGUAUUCUGACUCAUACUCUUUCUAGUAGUGCAGGAGGGAAGCAGGCUGUCCUGUUCUCUUCCACGGAGGACAGAAGUCAGUGAACAAAGUCAGCCCCAGCCAUUUUCCUGCAAAGCUGGUUAUUUCUCAAAGAACCUAAACUUUGAGCUAUUAUAUAUUAUUACCAAGAUACCGCUGCCUGUGGAAUGAUCAGCGUAUUUUGGGUGAGAACAGAAAUGAACAGACUAGAAAAAUCCAUCUCUUGGUUUCUAUUUCUCUGAUGUUUUUGUUCAGUCAAAUAGCAUAAGGGUAGAAAUGCUUAUUUGAGCUGCUAGUGGUCCCUGAGCUGGGUUUGAUGGUGGUAUCAAACUUCACUGCCUGAAAACUGGAAGUUGCUGGUAUUUAAGGCAAAAAGCUCAUGAUCUUGGCUGCUCGAGGAGUUUAUCUUGAGCAGCAUCAGCUGCUAAGCCCUUGUGUUCAGUUUCUAUUGAGGAGAGCUGGCUUUUCUCCAUUUCAAAGUGUUUGUAGGCCAGCCAAGGGCUUACGUUAAUGGGGCUCCUGGUGGCCUCCAGUUAACCUGUGGGUUAGUGGCUGUUUCUUCUUGAGACCAACCUUUCACAGCGUUCUUUCUUAGAGACUUAGGCAGAGUUUUAAAAUUCUCCUUUGUGGAAAGAACAAGUAUGUUUCAUGACUUCCAUGAUAUCUUCAUUCUGGGCAAAAAAAAAAAAAAAAGUCCUAGAACCAGCUAGAAAGUGAAGAGAAUCCAUUAAUGAUCAACUGCCUGAGUCAAUAAUGAGAAAUCAGUACCGAUGUUACACUGUGGCUAUUUCUUGCUAACUUUCAAAGGUCAGGGACUCUCUUGACUAAUCUAGGUUGACUGCAAAAAAAUGGAUUUACCAAAAUUCAUCUAGCCAGAAGUAGAGUUUUAACCUUUCUUUCCCUGACUGUUGUCUCCUGGCUGUCUUUUAAAUCAGAGACAAAGCAUUAAAAAGCAACUUUACUAUACCAUAAGAAACAGUAUAUAAUCCCGAAGCCCUGUUUUGUUCAUGCCAUGUAGUUGAAAACUUCAAUUUUAUGUACUAGAGGUGGUUUAGAAAGCUCUAGUUUUUAAGGGAACUCAUCCACUGACAAAUAGAGCCAUGAAAAAUGGGAUAGAUGUGACGUGCUCCGACUACUUUGGCAGAGCUCUGUAGGUCAGUCCAUCACACAAGGAGGCGUUGAAACCCCAGGCACUGGGAAUUAAGACCUUGAUUGGGGAGAGACAGAACUCUUUGGACGGCAUGUGAAGGAGAAUGGAUGGAAGCCAAAUAUGAAAUCGCUUCUUUGCAAUGACUUGACAGGGGAGUUAAUGUUCCUAGGACACUGUGAGUGUUAGCUGGCGGUAGUGCUGCAUUCGUAUGGACUGCUGAGAAACUGAAAAGGAGGAAGCACACACUUCUGGGGAUACGAAGAAACGUGACCUUGUCAAUAGUAAGAGAAAGACCUCCAGUCUGUGAGCUUAGUGGUGGAGAGCAAAAACAACCUCCUCAGAGUCAGUAGAAUAUUAAGGGUUAAACACUAGUGCCUGUGGUCAUGUCCAAAGCCAAGCCAGAGAAAACCUUGGAGGCCCUUUCAUGGCCCCAUAAAUCAGCCUCCUAAGUGUAGGUAGAGAAUGUAUGGGUCAGAUGGCGUGUUGGGGUUUCCCUCCUUGUAACCAGAGCAUCGAGGUAGGUGCUGGUGCUAUCACUACCUAGGGAUAUUGCAGGUAUUUGACCUUACUCGUAAGGAAUUUAUCAGUGAUAAAGAGCUUACCAUCAACUAAUAAGAUUAGAAAACGUGUGGCUUAGCUGGAGAGUUGUCUUUCUUCCCUGGUUUGUUGAUGACUUGGCAUUUGUGAUGUAUACACCAAGAGAUCCGGUGUUUUAGACUUCAGCCAUCCGCCUGGCAUCUCCAUGUCUCUGCUUCUGUGGUGCAUUUCCCCAGAGCUAACCAAUAUGCCACAUGACAGGACAAAUUCAGUCAACAGGAAAACGUGUCUGUUAUUUGUAUAGACAUUUUCAGUGCUGUUAUAUAAAUAUAUAUUUUUCUUUUUAGAACUUUGCUAUUGGCUUAAGAAUGUCGUUCCCAGAACAAUUUUUCUUACCAAGCUCUUUCCUUACACCUCUUGGCUACAGGGUGGGCCAAAUUAAAUACAUAUAUAUUUUUUCAUUUAAUGUAUGUGCAGUUUGGUUUAUCAUCUUAAGACGGUGGUGCUGUUCCUGGUGCUACUUCAUCUGUGUACAAAAGGACCAAUGCAUGGUCUGUAUUGCUACCAAAACAUUUACUGUAUAUAUGUGUAUAACAUAUGUAUUAUGUAUAUAUGUAACGGGUACCAGGCCAGGUAUAUAUUUUUAUUUAGAAGUGUUUCACUUUUCCAAGUUUUCUUUCUAGUGUUAUAUGCUUAUUUUCAGAUUUUUCCCCCCUUCCUGAUUCUGUCUGGUACUUGAGCACUGCAGUGUCUUCAUCGUUAAUUAAAGAAAACUGUCUAAAUGAA